GAUAGAAUAAUACGUAUCCGCUAGCGUGGAGUAUACGUUGAGUUGUUUGCUCCACAAAGAAAACCGUCCCUCUUUCGCCGCCAUGGCUCGAGUGGCUACAACUUCCAGCGCCGUCAGCUUCCCCAGACUCCGCCCCUAUUAUCUCCAUUUCCACCAUCAAUCUCCUUUUUUCGUGAAUUUCUCUCUCCAAUCGCGGAAUAAGACUCGCAGACUUCACAGAAUUUUCUGCCAAAGCAACCCCAAUUCAGUUGACUCCAGUACAACAGAGGAAAAGGUGUUAUUAGAACCUGAAUCUGAAAAUGACGGUAACAUAGCUAACUCCAGUAAAGAAACAGCUGCUUCAUCAGUAGGUGCUGGAUUUCCAGAGUAUCCGGACAAGAAAUUGAAUAGGCAGAUUGCUGUGGUUUCUGUAAUUGCAGCUGUCGGACUUUUCUUGUCAGCUCGUUUGGACUUUGGUGUAUCUUUGAAGGACCUCUCUGCUGCAGCAUUACCGUAUGAAGAGGCUCUUUCUAAUGGGAAGCCUACUGUUGUGGAGUUCUAUGCUGAUUGGUGUGAAGUAUGUCGAGAAUUAGCUCCUGAUGUCUACAAGGUGGAACAGAAGUACAAGGAUCGAGUUAAUUUUGUUAUGCUGAACGUUGAUAACACAAAGUGGGAACAAGAGCUUGACGAGUUUGGUGUUGAGGGUAUCCCCCAUUUUGCAUUCCUGGACAAGGAUGGGAAUGAAGAGGGAAAUGUUGUGGGUCGACUCCCUCGGCAAUACUUUCUUGAUAAUGUUGAGGCCCUUGCUCGAGGAGAAACAACUGUACCUCAUGCUCGUGUUGUGGGGCAAUAUUCAAGUGCCGAAACACGGAAAGUGCAUCAAGUUGUUGAUCCAAGAAGUCAUGGAUAGUGUAUCUCGUGUUGUGAAAAUGUGUAUAUACUAUGAAACCUCCAUUACACUCCAUGAUUCUUAUACUGCUGGAAUGUCCUGUCUUGACAAGAUUUUGAUUUGGAAUUCAUUGGGCAUUCAAUAAAUAAUUUGUCUCUAAUACUGCAGUACUUAUCAAGCCAAAUAAUAAUGAUUGUUGCAUAAACAAGCAA